UUGUUGUCAUAAAAUCUUCAACUUAUUAAUCUUCACUUCAGUAGUAUUAAUGGGUUUAUGUGUCGAAGUAUGUUGAAAAAACUCGGUAACAGUAUUUAAGUUGUGUAUCAAUGAUUUGCAGUUUUUACUUAUAAAAUCAAAAUUAUUGUCAAAUACCUUUUCCUGACAUUACCUUAAUAUUCGUGUUAGUUAAAUAUUUUUCUUAAGGUGAUAGUAGAUGAACGUUUUUUCUGUAUUUCCAAGGAAAAAUUUAGUUUUUGGUAAUAUCAAAAGUUUACGCAAAGCUAGGACGUGCUAUCAACGAAUUCAAGUUGUGAAUAUGGGUUUGCUGUCUGAAGGUAGCCCUCUGUCAUGGGAAGAAACAAAGGCGUUGGCAGAACACGUGCGUCAACACGGAAUAGAACAAUUUAUUAACUUAUACAGUAAACUACGGGAACGGACUGGAGAUGUUUUAAAAUGGGGAGAUGAGGUGGAAUACAUAGUAGUAAAAUUUGAUGAUGAAAAUGAGCGUGCUACUGUCAGUUUGAGAGCUGAUGAUCUCUUACCAAAACUGCAAGAAAAGGAGCAUGCAGAUCCACAGAAUGUUAAAUCUUUAUGGCGUCCUGAAUAUGGAGCUUACAUGAUUGAAGGCACGCCGGGGAAACCUUACGGUGGUUUAUUAGCUCACUUUAAUAUUGUAGAAGCUAAUAUGCAAUAUCGUAGAGCUGAAGCCAGUACACUGCUGAAUAACGGAGAAGUGAUAAUGAGUAUCACCAAUUUUCCAAGAUUAGGUUGCCCAAACUUUACAAGUCCACCAUUUAACCCCAAUCCCAAGACUGGAGUUACUCUAUCACAUUUUUUCCCUGAUGAAGCAAUUUUCCCUGGACAUCCUCGUUUUAAAACAUUAACGUCGAAUAUUAGAGAGCGUAGAGGGGAAAAAGUAGCCAUUAACAUACCAAUUUUUAAGGAUAUAAAUACGCAAAUACCAGUGGACAACUCCCAUGUUCUGGAGCCGGGGAUAGCCCAACCGGACUGUGUGUAUAUGGACGCGAUGGGCUUUGGCAUGGGCUGCUGCUGUCUGCAGCUCACUUUCCAGGCUUGCUGCAUCACCGAAGCACGGACAUUGUAUGAUCAGCUUGCACCAUUAUGUCCUAUCAUGCUCGCGCUGUCCGCGGCAUCGCCGAUAUACCGCGGCUACCUGACGGACGUGGACUGUCGCUGGAACGUGAUCUCGGCCUCUGUGGACUGCCGCACGCGCGAGGAGCGCGGCAUUGAGCCGCUCAAGACCAACAUGUUCCGCAUACAGAAGUCCAGAUACGAUUCCAUCGAUUCAUAUCUGUCACCGGAUCAUGAAAAAUACAACGACAUUCCGAUAGUGCACGACGCGGCGAUCUACCGGCGGCUGCGCGAGGGCGGCAUCGACCACCCGCUGGCGCUGCACGUCGCCCACCUCUUCAUCCGCGAUACUGUCUCGCUCUUCUCGGAGAAGGUCAACCAGGACGACAAGAAUGACACCGAUCAUUUUGAAAACAUCCAGUCGACGAACUGGCAGACGAUGCGGUUCAAGCCGCCGCCGCCCAACUCAUCCAUCGGUUGGCGCGUGGAGUUCCGGCCGUGCGAGGCGCAACUCACAGACUUCGAGAACGCCGCCUACGUCUGCUUCGUGGUGCUGCUCACGCGCGUCAUACUUUCCUACAGGCUCAACUUCGUCAUGCCUAUCAGCAAGGUGGAUGAGAACAUGCAGCGCGCGCAGCGGCGCGGCGCCUGCCUGUCGGAGCGGUUCUGGUGGCGGCGCGACGUGGGCGCGCCCGCGGCGCCCGGCCUCACGCCGCACGCGCCCGACGCCAGCGACCAGUACGCAGAGAUGUCUAUUGACGAAAUCGUUAAUGGAAAGGAGGGCGUGUUCCCCGGACUGAUCCCGCUGAUAGAGUCGUACCUGUCGGGCAUGGACGUGGACGCGGACACGCACUGCUCCGUGCAGCAGUACCUCAAGCUGAUCCAGCGCCGCGCGCACGGAGACAUCGCCACCAUGGCCGCCUGGAUGCGCCAGUUCGUCACCUCGCACCCGCAAUACAACAAAGACUCUGUGGUGACAGAGAAGAUAAAUUACGAUCUACUGAAGACCGCGCACGGCAUCCAGACGGGCCAAAUUCCGGCGCCCUCGCUGCUCGGCACCAGCAACGUCUCAAAGACCAACGAGGACAUUCCCAAGGCGUUCAGCAAAAUGAUGAGCAAGGACUGCCCCUAGCCGGCGCGGCGGGGCCGCUCACUGCGCCGCUAGCGCUCACUACUUGUUACAUCACACUUGUCCACGAUAACAUGACGCCUGUCCGAUGACGUCACUACAGGGUUAUGUACGGUGUACAAAAAAAGUUUGAAUAAAGUUGUCUAAGGUAAACUACACAACAAACGUUGUCGUGAUUUGACAGAAUGUGAAAAUGGCGUGUACUCGUUCUGUUAGUGCACAAUCUUGCCACUGUGGUUAGUUGUGGGUUAGGCACUGGCUUCCUUUUUAUUGACAUCAUGAAAUAUUGGCGUUUACUACGCGUUAAACAAAACAUCAUAAAUAAAGGAAGUUAAAUGUUGAAUGGGAUAUGUCUACGUAGGUCUCAUGUUAUUGUGCACGCGUAGUAUUUAUUGUUGCCUUUAAUAGUUUAUACAGGACAAUUAUAUGUAGUUCCGUAAUUCAGCUAGAGGCGGUAAAUGUUAUAUAUCUACAGAAAACAUUUUAAUAUGAAGCGUUACUUGGAUACAAAUAUUUUUCAUGUAAUGUGGUCCUCAGACAUCACUAAAUAAAAAGCCCGUUGGUGACUAUAAUUGUACUAUGGAUUUUGGACUUAUCUUAAGAAAGAUUAACCAUUUAUUACAAAUCGAUUGGAUCACUGUGAUUGUGUACUACUUUUAUACUUUUAAUAUCACCUUAAUUUUUUUCCUAAGUAUAUAAAAUUUUAAUCAGCCACAUUUUAAAUUUCAUUUGAUUGAAUGUACUAUAUUGGUCUCAUGAUUUAUUUGACAAAAGCAUUUUUAAUUUACUCAACUAAGCGCUACUUUGAAACGACAUUUAUAAUUUAAACAUUACACAGCAAUAUAAAGACAUUGACUUGGCGCCUGCGAUUUACGACAAAUAUAUUCGCGAACGACAAUUAUUUUAACGAAAUCAAUACUCAUGAAAAUUAUUUUUUAUAACAUUGUUAUAAAAAGUUACAGUUAUUUGUAGAACAUAAUAGUUUUUUUGCUAAAAUGUCAUGUUAACAAUUCUGUAGGUACGUAUAGAUUUACGUUUACAAUUUCCUUGUAGUAAAACUGCAUCCUCUUGUCAAACGUUGAGUGCGCGUGAGCGUGUCGCUUAGACUAGUUCGAUUCAUUUAAAUCGCUAAUAAACCAAUAUUACUAUCAUAUAAAUCCAUUGUAACUAUUUAAUGUACUCUUAAUGUAACAUUUUAACAGGAUAAGGUAAUUUAAGUUCUACGUAUGUCUUAAAAAAUAGUAAAUUCUUGUCAUCAUACAGAAUACAGAAGAUUUAAGAAAUGUAUAGACAGUCAAGAAAUUUAGGUAAUCCAUUUGUCGUGUCUAAGAAUUCGAAAGCCUCAAUAGUAGCACAAUACGUUCUUAAAAUUCAUGUUAUGUAAUUGUUAUUACAAAUUCACUGUGUGAAAAAAAAUGUAGUAUUCCUUCUAAUUUCAUUCCGACAUUUUUACUACUUAAUUUUUUUUGUUAUUUAAUACAAAUGUAGUAUGAAUUGAUGUUAGAGAUAUUUAAUGUGUAAUUGUAAUGUUAUAACUUAAUUGAAUUGCAAGAGAAAAAGAAAUAGUGAGAGAUGUUUUAAAAACUACGGCAGUAUUAAUAUUCAAAACAUUCACAAAUAGUUCCUAUAAAAUAAGAGAAAACCAUAUAAGUAUGAGUAAAUUGACAAGUGAAAAAGGGUUGUGAAAGAACAAGAAACAAAAAUACCAAAAUUUGUAUGUUUUGAUAUCUAUAAAUGUGCAUCUGAUUCAUUAUCAGUAUCAAAUUCCACUUUUUAUUACGAGAGUAUGGAUAUUUAACACGUUCGGUGCUACUGCGGUUUUUACAAUUUCUUCUCGUUUGCCGCAUACUGUUUUCUGGACGCGUUUGUCCGCACUGGCAUGUCAACGGUACUUCACGUGUUAAAUGUUACUAAAUUCUUUAUAUGUUUGUGUACAGUUUGUUUGUCACUUGCUAAUCUGUCUGUAUAGCCUAGCACUGUAGUUGUAAGACUGUACGUGAGACGUACCUCAUACGGAUUUAUUUUGACGUGUGCCUUUGAUACAGAAUACUGUUUGAUUGAUGUUAUAUAUUGAAAUAACUGCUGUGUACAUUCUUGUACUGAUCGGCCUUAAUGCCGUCUUGUCGAUACGAAAAACAUAUAAGGUCGAUGAUAUAUUAUCAUCCCAAUUAUGUUGAAGAUAUGUCAAUUUCAUUUAAAUUAUUGUGAAUUGUGAUUAUUUUAAUUCUACGGAUUUAUAGAAAAUUUAAAUUUGAACAAAUCAUUUCCAUGUGGGCACAAAAUGUAAGAAUUUUUAUAUAAAAAUUGUGAUUGUGAACAGAGGGUUCGACCAGUUUGUUUUUUUUUUUAAAGAA